AUGCACGAGACGGCACUUUCAAAAUCAAAGAGAGCUCAAAAGGCUUGGCAGAGGAAAAGCUCCCAGGUAUUUGAGCUAACCACUUUGGGAUUUAGCUUUGCGCGCAAAAGCUCCCAAGCUCUAAAUUUUGACGGAUAUUUUGUGGGUGCUGCACUUCAGCAACACGGCCAUGAUGACAACAACAACACAGCAGUAACUCUACAACGCAGCAUACCGUAUACACUUGAGAAUCUUCAGGAGAGAACAUAUACCUCGUAUGGCAUUCGCAGGAACUCCGCGGGGUCGUGGUGGUGGCGAUCGAGGCCGGGGUCGCGGAGGGUUUGGAGGAACACCUCGAGGAGGCAGAGGGGGGAGCAGAGGUUAGUUGCCAUCAAAAGAUACACUUCAGGAGCGAAUAGUCUGAAGGUGGCUUUGGUGGUGAUCGAGGCGGCUCUGGCGAUCGGGGUGGACGAGGGCGAGGACGAGGUGCACCCAGAGGUAGGGGCGCUCCAAGAGGCGGAAGGGGCGGCGCAAGACCUGGCAUCAAAGGAGGAGCCAAAGUUGUGA